GGCUGGCUGGACGUGUUUCUCUGGAAGAGGAAACAAACAUGUGUUUUACAGAACUGUUUGUCAUUAUAACGCUAGCUGUCUCUGUAAGUGGAGAUUGUCCACCGGGCAGCUAUUUGGGCCCAGUAACAAAUCACUGUGAUGACUGUGGGGAUAUAUGUGAACAUGCGGACAUACAAGGAACUCAGGCGGACUGUCAACGACUGUGUGCAGGGUACCGACAGGAUGGAGCAGCAACCACUCAGCUACCUCAGUGUCCUUCAGACCAGUACUACGACAGCGCCAUAUCACGGUGUGACUACUGCAGUGUCAUAUGCGACAACCACGUCAUACAGGGAACAACUGCCCAGUGCAAAGAUAAAUGUCCCACAUACUUUGAACCGAAAGUUAUUGAAAGCCAACAACUCACACCCGCAGUUAUAACUAUCUGCUGUAUACUCGGUCUGUGUAUUGUCUUGGUGAGCGUGUAUGGCCUGAUGGUGUGUUUCUGUGAACAUCGUCUUCCAUCACGACUACAGCGCCGUCUCCCCUGCGUUAUUGGUGGCUACAAGAAACCGGUAGAGUGCACCGAGAGUCACACAGAUAGCCCCGGAUCCUCAUCACUGACAUCACUUAGUGGUUACGAAGUACCCAACCCAGGGACGGUAACAAUUCAAAUGCCAAAUCCAGAGUUUGGCUUAACAGAGCUUCAAUGCCAGCGUCAGUCAUCAGGGGAUGGCAGCAAUGCCUAACCCAGGUUGAAACUUGUAUCUCAAGUACCCAUACUGAUGAAGACAGUAAGGAGAGAAGCUGGGUACCUUCACAAAGAUGUUACCUGCCAUUCAAUGAACAGCUGGUCUCUUUGAAAAGAAGGAGAUGUUACUGAAUACUGGUUAAACACAACCUGCAGACUACCACUCCCCUGCAGGACACGUCUCACACGGAAUAUUGUGUGUUUGUGAGUGACUUGCUCACUCUCCAAAUAGAUUUCACUUCAAGAAAUCCUCCAUUUGGAAAAUUGUGGCAUGCAGACAUACUGACUUUAUUUUCAUGAACUGGAAUCCGAAGAUUAAGUUAAAUUACUUGCAAGUAUUCAUUUCACAGACUUCAUAAAAUAUGAAAAUGAUUGUUAAUUAUAAUCUGAUUUUCCAAUCUCCGAUAUACAGUACUUGUUCUUAAAGUUGUAGUUUGUAUAUCUUGUGUCUCUGUGAAUUAAGAAGUGUCAGUUUAGACUCACACAUGUGAGACACUGCUGUGAUUUGUUAUAUUUCCCUGUCAAACACAUUCGUGCCUUAUGGAAGGAUUCUAUUGUGUCACAUUUAGACAAUGGGGGGAGAGUGUUAUUUAUGCCAGAUCGGGUUUCCAAGUCCUACAGCAUUGUGUCUGGGAACGUCAGGGCAGUUGACAAAAAUUGAAUGUCAUUCUUCUGAUCUUCGUUAUCUCGUUUACGAAGUUCUUCUGCCCAACAAAAAUGUUACCUAAAUCUCGUAAUAAGAACAUCAAAAAGAAAAAAAAAAGAAAAAUAAUCAAUAUUGAUCUAUCAUUCCAACACACAUAGCAAACAACACAACAUUCCAUUUAUCUACCUAGCGCUGGGGACUUAUUAAUUUAAUUUACUAUCACUGCUGGUCUCUUUGUAUUUAUUACUAUUAGGUCUCGCUUCCAUUUGUUUUCUUACCACCCUGUUAUAUGCCACUAUUGUUACCUCAUCAACUACGCCUGGAUUAACAAUCCACCCAGUAAGUGCUAAUUAUACCCCCUGGCUUCUAUUUGUUUUUCUUAUCAAUCAUGCCUGGAUUAACAAUCCCUGGCUUCCACCUGUCCAUCCACCAAUUACCUACUGGCUUCCUUUGUUAUACCGUUGUUGUUUCAACAUGUACAUAUAUAGCUUUUUUUCCCCUAAUUGUUUCAUUCACCUCAUAAAGGAGUAAGAACAUACUUCGAAACGUCGUGACCCUUCACAAUAAAGAAGUUGUCAUUCAUAAAAACUCUUGUCUUUAAAACAAGUGAUUGCGUGUGAAUCUCAUACAUUUUGAGACAUUUUUGUUUGCAAGGAGUUACGUAUUGACAUGUACCUAACAUCAGUUACCAAUUUAUGCAUUCCAUUCACUCUUGUAAAUUUUGAACAUAGACAUAUGUACAUAGUGUGUGAGUGUUGUUCCCAAUCUGGUUGUGUUUUGAAAUCUGAUAUGCCUUUCUACAUAUAUCAGUGUAUAUAAUGAUAUUAAAUUAUUCUGUUUUCA